GGUUCAAGAUGGCGGCGGGCGGCGAGGGCCCGGCGCGGGCGGCGGGCGAGGGGGCCACCGGCGGCUUCACUUCCCUGCCAGCCCAGGAGGAAGAGCCAGGCCGCGGGCAGCUCUUCAACACCGUGGUGGACGCUUUCCUGGAGAAACUGGUGGCCGCCGGCAGUUACCAGAGGUUUGCAAACUGCUACCAUCGCUUCUAUAAACUCCAGCCUGAAAUGACCAGAAGUAUUUAUGAUCAGUUUAUAUCCCAACUGCAAACUUCCAUUCAGGAGGAGAUUCGUGAGAUAAAGAAGGAAGGGAAUCUUGAGGACCUCUUUGCCUCGAUGGAUAGAAUUGUGGAGGAAGCAAAGAAUCGGGAAGAGCCCGCGUGGCGUCCCAGUGGAAUCCCGGAGGAAGAUCUUCAUAGCGCCAUGGUGCCGUACCUCCUGAAGCACCAGACGUACCUGCGUAGAGCCCUGAAAGAAAAGGAAGAGGAGAACAGGAAGCUGGCAGAGGCUGUAUUGGCCGGACGGGAGAGAAUCUCAGAGAUGCAGCAGCAGAUACAAAAUCGCAAGCAAGCAUGGCAGGCAAUUAGUAAAGAACAGAGAGAACUAAUCCUGACGUUCCAGGAGCCUGAAUGAGGAGGCCGGGGAAGAUUUUGCAGAAGUUUCAUGUAUGGGGUUUAUGUUCAUCGGUGAAGCCCUGCAGAUCUUUUCAGAAGUGGGAUUCUCUGUGCAUUUACAUAAAUAUCCACUCAAAUUGCGCUGAAAACUUGACUUGUCAAGAGCUUUUGUGUUCAUUUGUCAGACAACUGUUUACAACACCUUGUGAAGAUCGCACAUUCUGAAACAGUCAUGGGACAUAAUUGAUCAAAAUUUGUUGAAAUGAGCGACUGCACCAGGGUUUUAGGAAAAUCACCAGUAACCCCCGAUUCCCAACUAAGCUCAGCAGGAAGGAAGAUCUCACACAGGUUUUGAAAGCUAUAGCAGAUCUGUGCAUUCAUGCUGCGUUCUUUUAAAAGCUUUACCAAACUUACAUUUCCAAAUUUAAAUGAAUGUCGAAUUUUUAAUACUGAUCACUCUUAUAACCACUCGUGGGAUUUCAGGAGUGUAAUAGAGCCAAUCAUAGGUACCUUAUGCAGCAAGUAACACACAGCUACAUUUGAAGGAAAGAAACAAAUACCAAAACUUCAGCUCAUGGGAUUUCUGCCAGCGGAACAGUCUGUAGAUAUCAAGGCAAGUGACCAUCUAAAGCAGUGAGAGAGAUGUUGCACCCCCACAGUGUAUGAAUAACUUGUACAUAGUUACUUGGAAUGGUGUUUUGACAUAAUAAAACUUGUUUUUAUAAUCUUAGCACUUACUUU